UGCAGAUUUACUGUUCUUGCCGUCUUGCGGAGCUGCCAUUAACUAUGAAUCUAUGAUAAGCUGCCCCUUUCUCUCUCUGCAAUUUUAUUUAGCUUUUCCUCUCUAUCCUUACCUGGUCGGAGUCAAGACCUCCUAUUACAGGUGAAGGAAAUUCGGCUCCGUUCCAUAGGUUUUCCCCUGUUCUGAUCCGAAGAUGAAUGACACAGAUGUAUCAAAGCAGAUCCAGCAGAUGGUGAGAUUCAUCCGCCAAGAAGCGGAAGAGAAGGCCAACGAGAUCACCGUCUCCGCCGAAGAAGAAUUCAACAUCGAGAAGUUGCAAUUAGUUGAAGCUGAAAAAAGGAAGAUCAGACAGGAGUAUGAGCGAAAACAGAAGCAAGUGGAAGUUCGGAAGAAAAUUGAAUACUCUAUGCAGCUCAAUGCUUCUCGUAUCAAAGUUCUUCAAGCACAGGAUGACUUAAUUAACUCCAUGAAGGAGGCAGCAUCGAAGGAGCUCUUGCGUGUGAGCCAUAGCGAUCAUGUAUACAAGAAUCUUCUGAAAGACCUUAUUGUUCAGAGUUUGCUCCGACUGAAAGAGCCUGCUGUCCUAUUGCGUUGUCGGAAAGAUGAUCUGAAUUUCGUUGAAGAUGUUUUACCCUCAUCCAAGCUGGAGUAUGCAGAGAAAGCAAAUGUUCAUGAACCUGAAAUUAUCAUUGACAAUCAUGUCUAUUUGCCUCCUGCUCCUACCCAUCAUCAGGCCCAUGGACCUUUCUGCUCUGGAGGAGUUGUAUUAGCUUCUAGAGAUGGAAAGAUUGUUUGCGAGAACACCCUUGAUGCAAGGUUGGAUGUGCUAUUCCGAAAGAAACUGCCAGAGAUCCGUAAGUCGCUUUUUGGACAGGAUGCAGCAUGAUUGGUUGGAAGUUUUUGUGUCAUCACUUGCUCAUUUGAUAUUAUAAGUUGAAGAAGUUUCCCAUAAAAUUAGACACACUGUUCUAUUUGUUAUCCAGUCUCCUCCAUUUUCAAUUCCUCUGAGAUCUUUAUUUCUUUUAUUGGCAAGAUUGUUAUUUGCUAACAUUGUGUUUGGGACUUUUAGAAAACCCAGUUCUAAGUAGUAAAAUAAAGUAAUAUAUAACUUAGUUUAAAUAAUAACUUUGGAUUUGAAUCUCCGGAUUCAAAUGGAUUGGCCAACUUAGUUUUGGAAAUUCACUUCGUUUUGUUGUUAA